AUGGCUAAGGAUAUAGAAAUUUCGACAUCAGAGGCUACGUUUAUAGUAGAGGCCCUAAGACAGAAGCAAAGGCUUGACGGUAGGAGACUCGAUCAGUUCAGGGAUGUGCAGAUUGAAUUUGGGAAGGAGUAUGGUGAUGUAACGGUACGGAUGGGUAAGACAUUAGUCCAAUGUAGAAUUAGUUGUCAGAUAACAGAGCCCUACGAGGAUAGACCAUUUGAAGGGCUAUUUGUAAUCUCGACAGAGAUAUCACCAAUGGCAGGCCCACAAUUUGAAAAUGGUAAUAGCACAGGGGAGGAUGAAGUGUUAUGCGCACGUAUCAUUGAGAAGGCAGUGAGAAGAUCAGGUGCACUAGAUGUCGAGGGGCUCUGUAUAGUGGCAGGAAGCAAGUGUUGGGCAGUAAGAGCGGAUGUGCACUACUUGAACUGUGAUGGUGGAUUCAUUGAUGCCUCUUGUAUUGCUGUCAUGGCGGCGCUAUCUCACUUCAGAAAGCCAGACAUAAGUGUACAUGGGGAGGACGUGGUAGUUUAUCCCGUGGAUGAAAGAGAACCAGUUCCGCUGGGUAUUCUACAUAUUCCUAUCUGUGUUACCUUCUCAUUUUUCAACCCACAGGAUACAGAAGAGAACAUCAAAGGUGAUAGCAAUGCUGAAAUAUCCAUUAUCGAUGCCACGACAAAGGAAGAGUUACUGAGAGACGGUGUAUUGACGGUUACACUAAACAAGAAUAGAGAAGUUGUACAGGUAUCGAAAGCAGGUGGUCUGCCGAUGGACGCACUCCAAUUGAUGCAAUGUUGCCACAAGGCGUAUGAGAUCACGGAGCAACUGACUGACAUGAUACUAAAGGAAGUGAAGCAUGACCUCGCGAAGAGAGACAAGUACUCUUCUAUACUAAGCUCUGAAAAUGCCAGAUAG